CACGCGCGCGCGCGCUCCCCGCGGAACUCGGGCUUGGGGCGGUGCGCGCUGCCGGAGGCCGCCGCCGACAUGGCCGAGACGAGCGAGGAGGUGGCGGUGCUGGUGCAGCGGGUGGUGAAGGACCUCACCAACGCCUUCCGCAGGAACCCGCACAUAGAUGAAAUUGGCCUGAUCCCAUGUCCUGAAGCAAGAUAUAACCGGAGUCCCAUAAUCCUGGUGGAAAACAAACUUGGUGUAGAGAGCUGGUGUGUCAAGUUCCUCCUACCCUAUGUCCACAACAAGCUCCUUUUGUACAGAACGAGAAAGCAGUGGCUGAAUAAAGAUGAAUUGAUAGAUGUCACAUGUACCCUCUUGCUUCUAAACCCAGACUUUACCACUGCAUGGAAUGUCAGGAAAGAACUUAUUCUCUCUGGCACUUUAAAUCCAAUUAAGGACCUACAUCUGGGGAAAUUGGCCUUAACUAAGUUUCCAAAGAGUCCAGAAACUUGGAUUCACAGGCGAUGGGUGCUACAACAGCUAAUUCAGGAAACUUCCUCACCAGCCUUUGUGAGCAAAGGAAAUAUGGGGAUAGUUCCUGCAGAAAGAACACAGCAACUAAUCCAAGAAGAGAUGGAGGUCUGUGGUGAAGCAGCAGGAAGAUAUCCAAGCAAUUAUAAUGCCUGGUCCCACCGCAUCUGGGUUUUACAACACCUUGCCAAAUUAGACAUCAAGAUUCUUCUUGAUGAACUAUCUUCCACUAAACACUGGGCAUCCAUGCAUGUUUCUGACCACAGUGGAUUUCACUACCGCCAGUUUUUGUUAAAAUCAUUGAUGAACCAAACUGUGAUUGUUGGUUCUGGGUUGGAGCAAAAUCAUUUGAGUAGUGAGCAAACCCUAAUUCUUCCAAAAGAUGAAGAAGCAUCAGCUUCAGCAGAAGAACCAAGGAUAAAUAUCCCUCAUCUUCUUGAAGAAGAAGUUGAGUUCAGCACUGAUCUGAUCGAUUCCUACCCAGGACAUGAAACCCUUUGGUGUCAUAGGCGGCAUGUUUUCUACCUUCAGCAUCACUUGAAUGGUAGGUUUCCUCAGAGUGUGACCCAGUUAUCACCUUCAGACAGCACUGGGGGAACUGUAAGUGACUUGCACCUCGUGCCAGGGGGCACCCAUGUUUCUCAGGCAAUGGAAGUAGAUGGGCUAAGUGACUCUAGCAAACAGGGCUUUUCUCAGGAAACCAAACGCCUGAAGCGGACCCCAGCUCCUGACUCUCUGGGCCUCGAAAUGGAACACAGGUUCAUCGAUCAAGUAUUGUCUACAUGCCGGAAUGUGGAGCAGGCCCGGUUUGCCAAUGCAUACAGAAAAUGGCUGGUCACACUGACUCAAUGAAAGAAAUAGAUUAGUCCUGCAAGGUUUUCCCCUUUUAGUGCAAUAUUGCUUUCUUUUUUUAAUUUACAUAGUUGCAUGAGUUGUUUGCUAUAAUUAGCUAAAAGUCCAUAGUGGGUCUUUUUAUUUUAUUUAUUUUGUAAAGAACUGACAUUCCUUUGAGUAAAUAAUAAUUGUAUAGUUUCUUCCUGCUAAAGAGUCUUAAUGUUUUUAACUUCUUAUCCUUUAUAUUUCUGAACAUGAAAUUUCUUAUCAUUUGGUUCUUCAAAAUUGGUUCAGAUACACCUCCGCCCACCUCCGCAUUUGCUGUGUAAGCUAAUUUUUUUAAAAAUUAAAAUUCAUGCUAUAGUUCCAUUUAAGAACAAUACAAAUGCAAAAUUACUUGAUUUAGUGGUUGAUCUGAAAAUCAAAUGGUUGUUGGAUGGAUAUGUAAAAAUGCAAAUCAAUUUUUUUCCUCUAGAACGUCCUGAUUGUGAUAGACCAACAUAACCAAAGUGAAAAGUAUUCGAAUUUAUAUAAAAAAGUGCUUCCAA